AUGUCGGAUAUUGAUAAGAUUGAAUAUAAAAAAAUUGCAAAUGUUUCAAUUACAAAUAAUUCUUCUGAUCAAGAUAGUGCAUCAACCACAUUAUUAAUUGAUAAUCCUGAAGAUCCAUAUUCUUCACCAAUAACUCAAAUUAAUGGUAGAAUAUCUUAUUUACAAGAAUUAGAAGAUUUACCUCAAGGUAGACAUCUUGGAUUAUUUUCAACAAUAAUAUUAUUUAUAUCAAGAAUUUUAGGUAGUGGUAUAUUUAGUAUAGCGAGUGGUAUAUAUGAAGAUUGUGGUGGAUCAAUAUUCUUAUUUUUUUUAGCAUGGUUUAUUGCUGCAAUUACUGCAUUUAGUGGAUUAUAUAUUUAUUUAGAAUUAGGUUCUUUAGUACCAAGAAGUGGUGGUACUAAAGUAUUUUUAGAAUUUAUUUAUGAAAAACCAAGAUUAUUAGCAACAGUUGCUUAUCUGAUUUAUUCAAUUAUAUUUGGAUUUACUUUAUCAAAUAUUUUAAUAUUUGGUGAAUAUUCUUUACAUGCCAUGGGAUUUAAUGUAACUCCUUUAAGAAUUAGAAUAGUUGGUUUAUCAUUUUUAUAUGCAGCUGCUCUAAUUCAUGGAAUAAGUGUUCAUCAUGGUGUUAAAGUUCAAAACCUUAUAGGAGCAUUAAAACUUGGUUUAAUUGUUGUAAUGCUUGGAACUGGUGGUUAUGUAACAUUAUUUCCAUCAUCAAUAACAAAAAUAGAAUCAAAUUUACAUUGGGAUGAUAUGUUUAAAACAAGAACAACAGUAACUGCUUCAAAAUUUGCUGGUGCAGUUAUUAAAGCAACUUUUUCAUUUGGUGGUUGGAAUUCAGUUCAUAAUGUUACUAGUGAAAUUAAAGAUCCUGUACGUACAUUGAAGAUUGCUGGUCCUGCUUCAUUAGGUAUAAUGUCUUUAGUAUAUGUUUUAAUUAAUCUUGCUUAUUUAAUAGUAAUUCCUGGUGAUGAUAUUAUAAAUAACGGAACAUUAGUUGGAUCUUUAUUAUUUGAAAAAGUAUAUGGUUAUAGAAUUGGUAGACAAUUAUUAACUUUAUCAGUUGCAAUAUGUGCAGCAGGUAAUGUAUUUGUAGUUAUUUAUACCAUUUCAAGAAUUAGUCAAGAAGUAUUUAGAGAAGGUUAUUUACCCUUUUCAAAAUUCAUGUCUUCAAAUUGGCCAUUUGGUGCUCCAAUGCCAACUUUAAUAUUAAGUGUACUUACAAGUACUUUAGUAAUACUUAUAUUCCCUAAGGGUGAUAUUUAUAAUUAUAUUGUUUCCUUAGAGGGAUAUCCUAGUCAAGUUGCAUUAGCAUUUGUUGCAUUUGGAAUUUUCAUUAUUAGAAGAAGAUAUCCUGAAAUUAAAGCUCCAAUAAGAGCUAGUUUAUUUGGUACUUCUUUAGUAUUAUUAACUUCAGUAUAUUUAAUAAUUUCUCCUUUGGCUACUACAGUUAGUCCAAAUCCUAAAGGUCUCGAAUAUUGGCCUUCAUAUGCAUUAUUGGGUAUUGCAUGUGUAAUAUUCUGCAUUCUAUUCUGGGUGAUAAAGUUUAGUUUCUUACCAUGGCUCUUUAAUUAUACAUUAGAACCUGAAGAGUUUCAAUUGGAAGAUGGUCUAGUAGUUAAAAAAUGGAUUAAAAUUUAUAGAGAAUAA